CGCCCAUCCCCGGCUGCUCCCCGGUGCGGCCCCGCCCGCCGCCGCCGCCGCCAUGGCCGGCAGGUCCCGCAGCGGCGGCGAGGCGCUGCGGGUGGUGGCCCGGUGCCGGCCCAUGAGCAGGAGGGAGGAGGCGGCCGGGUGCGAGCGGGUCCUGGAGCUCGACGUGAAGCUGGGCCAGGUGAGCAUCCGCAACCCCCGCGCCGCCCCCGGCGAGCCCCCCAAGACCUUCACCUUCGACGCCGUCUACGACGCCAGCUCCAGGCAGGCGGACCUCUACGACGAGACGGUGCGGCCGCUGAUCGACGCCGUGCUGCAGGGCUUCAACGGCACCGUCUUCGCCUACGGCCAGACCGGCACCGGCAAGACCUACACCAUGCAGGGCGCCUGGGCGGAGCCGGAGAAGCGGGGCAUCAUCCCCAUCUCCUUCGAGCACAUCUUCACCCACAUCUCCCGCUCGCAGAACCAGCAGUACCUGGUGAGGGCCUCGUACCUGGAGAUCUACCAGGAGGAGAUCAGGGACCUCCUCGCCAAGGACCAGAGCAAGAAGCUGGAGCUGAAGGAGAACCCCGAGACCGGGGUCUACAUCAAGGACCUCUCCUCCUUCGUGACCAAGAACGUCAAGGAGAUCGAGCACGUGAUGAACCUGGGGAGCCAGACGCGGUCGGUGGGCAGCACCAACAUGAACGAGCGCAGCUCCCGCUCCCACGCCAUCUUCCUCAUCACCAUCGAGUGCAGCGAGACGGGCCCGGACGGCGAGGAGCACAUCCGCGUCGGCAAGCUCAACCUGGUGGACCUGGCCGGCAGCGAGCGCCAGAGCAAAAUGGGGGCCCACGGGGAGCGCCCCAAGGAAGCGUCCAAGAUCAACCUCUCCCUCUCCGCCUUGGGCAACGUCAUCUCCGCCCUCGUAGACGGCAAGAGCACCCACAUCCCCUACCGGGACUCCAAGCUGACCCGCCUGCUGCAGGACUCCCUCGGGGGCAACGCCAAGACAAUCAUGGUGGCCACCUUGGGCCCGGCCUCUCACAGCUACGACGAGAGCCUCUCCACCCUCAGGUUCGCCAACAGGGCCAAGAACAUCAAGAACAAGCCCCGGGUGAACGAGGACCCCAAGGACACCUUGCUGCGGGAGUUUCAGGAGGAGAUCGUCCGGCUGAAAGCCCAGCUGGAGAAACGCGGCAUGCUGGGGAAGAAGAGGAGAAGAAGCAGCCGGAGGAAGAAAGCGGUGGAUGGAGAAAGCGCCACGGAGAACGAAGGGGAGGACGACCACGAGGACAGCCUGGAGAAGAACAUGGAGAAUUACUUGAAGGAGCAGAAGGAGAGGCUGGAAGAGGAGAAGGCUGCCAUCCAGGAUGACCACAGCCUGGUGAGCGAGGAAAAGCAGAAGCUGCUGCAGGAGAAGGAGAAGAUGAUAGAGGAUCUGCGGAAGGAGCAGGAGGCCACGGAGCUGCUGGCCACCAAGUACAAGGCGAUGGAGAGCAAGCUGCUCAUCGGCGGCAGGACCAUCGUGGACCACACCAACGAGCAGCAGAAGAUGCUGGAGCUGAAGCGGCAGGAGAUCGCGGAGCAGAAACGCCGGGAGCGGGAGAUGCAGCAGGAGAUGCUGCUGCGGGACGAGGAGACCAUGGAGCUGCGGGAGACCUACAGCUCCCUGCAGCAGGAGGUGGAGAUCAAAACCAAGAAGCUGAAGAAGCUCUACGCCAAGCUGCAGGCGGUCAAGGCCGAGAUCCAGGACCAGCACGACGAGUACAUCCGCGUGCGGCAGGACCUGGAGGAGGCGCAGAACGAGCAGACGCGGGAGCUGAAGCUCAAGUACUUGAUCAUUGAGAACUUCAUCCCACCAGAAGAAAAGAACAAGAUCAUGAACCGCCUGUACUUCGACGGUGAGGAGGACCAGUGGAAGUUCCAGCCGCUGGUGCCCACUGGAGGAAACAGCAACCAAAUGAAGAAGCGGCCUACCUCUGCGGUGGGGUACAAGAGACCCAUCAGCCAAUACGCCCGCGUGGCCAUGGCCAUGGGAUCUCAUCCUCGGUACCGGGCUGAGAACAUCAUGUUCUUGGAGCUGGACCUCUCCCCUCCCGCCAUCUUCGAGUUUGAGCGGAGCAGGGACCCGGCAGAGCAGGACCCCCGGGCUCUCCACCUGGAGAGGCUGAUGCACCUCGACAGCCUCCUGGAGCGCCCGGCAGCCUCCCGGGUGAGGAAGUCCCGCUCCUGGUGCCAGACGCCGCGGUCACUGCCAUCCUCAGCCACGCAUGCCUCCCUCACCGCCAGCUCCCCGCGCGCCGCCACGGUGCCAGCUCAGGAGUGACGUCCUGGACCCCCCCCGGCCCGUCCCUCGCAGCGAGGACUGUGCCCCGCUGCCGGCCGAGGGGGGGGCCCCAGGCGGCAGCAUCUCCACCGGUCCCAGUUCGUCUUUGUCUUCAGCUACUUUGUGUGCGCGUGUGUUUGUGCGAGACGCUCACGAACAGCCCUGGGGGCGAGGGGGAGCUGCCCCCUUCUGCCCCACCCACCCCCCCCCUGCCCCUCGCCUCCUUUUCCCCGAUCUGGAUCUGUCACUUUAUUUAUUUAACGUAUUUAUUUAUGGAGUGGUUGGUGCGCAGCAUCAGGAAGCGCGUUGGGACUGGAGGACAUCCAAGGCUGGCAGCGGGCACCACGCUGGCCGCUCCUCGGGUACGCUCAGCUCCUGGCAACACACCCCCCCCCCCCCCCUCCCCGGCCGCCGCCGCAGCCCCCACGCAGGGCUGGGGCACGGGGACACGGCUGGGGUGGGGUGGGCACGACCGGCGGGCACGUGCCCCUCUCCGGUGGCUGUGGCAGGAGGCGAGGCAGCCCCGGACUCUGGUGCUGCGCCCGCUUUGCUGGACCCCGGGGGAAUUCGGCCGCCUCUACAAGGAUUCGGAGGCUUCGUGGCGGCAGCGCCUUGCGCUGGGCGCGUUGGAGGCCCAGAGGGACUCUCCAGCCUCGUCGGCGCCGGUGGCGGCGGCAGCAUCUCACUGACUUCUGGGCGUGGGUGUCACCCCGGGAACGGCAGCUCCAUCCGCGGAGAGGGCUCGCAGAUCGACCAAACCCGGCCAGUCCCGGUGGUGCCGGGACUUUGUUCACCCGGGCCACGCUCUGGAGUUGGCUGGCCCUGUGCCUGGCGCCCAGCUUGCUCCCCUCCCUGACUAGGUGGGUGUUUGAGUCCUCACAGCGAGGAGAUGGAAAUGUCCAUCCCCUUCCACCCGCCCCUCCCAAAAGAGACACCCAGUCUGGGGAGCGGGGCUACCGAGGUGAACCUGGAGGUGAGCGUCACCAUCCCGGCAACCAAAGGCAAUGAAGAGAUGCAGGACAAGCUGGUGAUGCCCAGGGCAGUGAUGUCAACGUCGCUCUCCUCUGGGCUGGGUGGAGGUCACCUCGGAGCCGGGAGAAACUUCCUGGUGAUUGUGUAGGUCGUGGAGGGAUGGAUGUGAAACGGGCGAUGGGUAAGAGGGGACAAGGCAUCAGGUCACGGUGGCGAUCUGAAGCGCGUCCCAGGCAGCAGCACGCCUCGGUGCUCCUGAGCGAUUCAGCUUGCGGCAGCUCCCCGGGGGGACGGUGGGUCCCUGUUGAAGACCAUCCCUGGCAGGGCCAGGCCGGCAGCAGCUGUGGUUCCCCGGGGGUGGCUUCGGGGUGCGCGGCGGUGGGGCUGCUCCGUCGGCUCGACAAGGUGGUAGUGAAUGAGGGAGCGACCCCCGGGUUCGCGUGGGAGGACGGGGGUCUGCAGGGGGACGUGUGCUGAGGCCAGGCCCUGGGAAGGCAGAUCGCAGCGGGUGGCAGGUAGGGACUGUCUCCUGGCAUCUUUUGGCAACGAAGGGAAUUUCUUCCGCUGGAGGCCCGGGGCAGUGAUCGCCUCGGUGGCUCCUGCCCACAGGACCCGGGGUGAGGGAGGGAGAGGGAAGGAGGCAGGGGCACGGGGCAGAACCACCGGCAGUGGUCCCACCCGACAGGACCAGCCCACCGACGUGCUCCACACGGCUGGGCUGGGGCAUCCACGGACCUUCCCACCCACCUCCGGACACAGCCCCGGCUCUGCCACGGCGUGGCCUCUCCCCAUCCCCUGUAACACCGUCCUGCCUUGUGUUCGUGAUCGUCGCCCUCUGCCACCAUCUCCCCUCCCCUGCCUCUGCCCUCUAUCACCACCUGCCUCUCUGAAGUCUUUGUCCCCUUCGCCCCCACCCCAGCAGAUGCCUUGUAGGCGAUUUUGGAGGCUGUAGGCUGCUCCCAGGACUGAGCUCGCUCCCCGGGGAGCAGCAGCCAGGUCUGGUCUGCGCUCAGCCUGGGGAGGAGGGUGCAGGGGGACGGGUGUUUUAGGAGGGAGAGGGGGGUCCCUUCCACAGCUUGGGAUGAGGUCCUUCCAUCUGCAGGUACCGCCGACAGCCGAGGGGGGUGUGCACGCACAUCCCAGCUGGCUCUGGCCUCCCGGAACACAGUAGAUAGAUAAGAGACCCGGUUCCUUCUUCAGUUUUCAGGUUGGCAUCUGGGAGUGAGGGUCGGGAAGCGCAGACCUCGGAACGGGGAGGAGCUGCCUGCACCGUGGCCUGCAGGAAUACCUUCUCCUCCCUUGCUUUCUGAUUGCCUCAAGUUCACCUCCAAGCCGGCUCAGCAGCUCAUGGGGCCCUGAGGUGGUGAACCACCGACCGUCUCUUUUACCUCCCUGCUCGAGCCAGGGCACGGCAGACAAAGCCCAAGAGCUGGCCGGUGUCCUCUCAUUCCCCCCCCGGGGGCUCCCCCCAGGCCACGGAACGUGCUGAAGGGUGGAUGUUCUCCACGCUCGUCACCCAUGGCACGUCACCCAUGGCACGUGUUGGUCCUCACCCGUGUCAGGGCAAAAGGACAGGGCGGGAUCCGCGCGGAAGCCAGAGCAGGGGGCUCCGGGUGCGGGGGACGGGCUGAGCCGCUGCCGACACCCGAGCGAUGCUCGUGAUGCGGCCGUCACACGCGUGGGCCCGGCAGCACCCCCAGCCCCCCCGUGCACUCACCCGGGCUCCCCCCACCGCCGCCCCCGGCCUCCCGAGCACAAACCCGGCGCAAGGCUGCGGGCAGGCGCCGGGGGGGCCGGGCUGAGGCCGGAGCGAGCUCGUGGCAGCGAUGUGCCUCUGCCUCCUCGGGUGGCCCCGCAGCCUCUCCGCGCCGCUGCAGCACCUCCCGUGUAUAUUUGUAAUGUUCUUUGGUCUUUGUAUGUCGGUGCGUGUGUAUUUACAUACGAGUGUGUGUAGGUGUGUGUGGGUACGCGCGCGUGUAGCCAAGGGAUCUAUUUACCGUCAGUGUGAGGGACUGUACAGGGGGCAAAUCUCAGCGGGAGGGAAGGGGCUGGGAUGGGGCUUUUUUUUUUUUUUUUUUUUUUCCCCCCCCCCCGUUGUUGUUGUUUACUUGUUUGUUUAGUUAUUUUGUGUUUCAGGUUUGGACGGGUUUUUUCCGCGAGGGGGUGGGUUCGGGUCUGUUUCGGAUUGAUUGACAAGGUGAGGGCCUUGAUUAGGACCAAAUUUUCGUGCCUGUUGCUCUGGUGAUUUAUUUAGAAAUCAAAAGUUUACUGUAUGGUGGCCCAUCCUUGUCACGCUAUACAUAUGAAUAUACAGGACAUAUUAUAAAUAUAUAUAUAUAUUAUACAUACUGUAUGGAGAGAGGUCAUUAAUCUCACACCCCCUCUGGCUUUGGAUGGACACCUCUUCACUAUGCUGUAAUGUAGCUUUGACCCGGUGCUGGGAAUGACCAGAAAGCGCCAGCACCCCUCGAAAACUGGCACUGACACCAAUAAAGAGAUGAGCAUCAUCGCAAA